UGAGCGGGCGAUAUCUUCAAAAGAGUGACAGUUGGCAUCAACAUGUGCCCGCAGUUUUGUUUCGUCCAGAACUAUUUCUUGGCAUCCCUUCCUGCUCCCCAAUUUACACUGAACCAAGCUCGAGACGGCAGCAGGCGCCACGAAGAUGCACAGAAAAAAUCCUCUUGCGGUAAAAAUUCCGAGUUUGCGUUUCAUAUCUCCGGCGACGGAGGAAGAGAUGGUGGCUGCGACGGCUGGGAAGGGGAUACCGCUUAGUCCGGCGGCGAAUUUUUUCCGGCAACCUCGGUUCGACUGCCACAUCAUAACGAUCUUGGGCUUGGGAAAAUUCAUUGGCGCUGAAGAGAUGAAGGCCGGCCUCGAGGCAACGCUUGUCCGCCAUCCGCGCUUCUCCAGCGUCCAGGUAACGGACAAGUCUGGGCGCGACACACCAAGAUGGGUCCCGACCAAGGUAAACCUCGACGAUCACGUUAUCUACCCAGAUGUCGGCACCGCCGCAACUGCCGCCGCAGUGGAUCCCGUCGCCGGCGACCGCUUUGUCGAGGAUUACAUCGCUGGUCUUUCCCACUCCCGUCUCGACACCUCCCGUCCGCUAUGGGAAAUCCAUGUCCUGGCCAUCCGCACCUCCGAGGCAGCUAGCGUCGCUAUCUUCCGCAUCCAUCAUUCUCUAGGAGAUGGCGUGUCUCUCAUGUCCUUGUUCCUAGCCUGCACUCGCCGAACCUCCGACAACGAAUCCCUUCCAUCUCUCCCUUCUGCCCGCCGCCGGUCCACCGCCGCUGGGACCGGCUUUGGUCCUUGUGUGCUCCUAUCCUGGAUCUGGAGCUUUCUUGUUUACACAUUGAACAGUUUUGUCCACAGUUUUCUCUUUGUCGCCAGUGCCUUCUUUUUAAAGGACACUAGGACGCGGAUCAUGGGGUCGGAGGGCGUCGAGUUUCGGCCGAAGCGUUGCGUGCAUCGUACUCUCAGUCUUGACGACAUUAAGGACAUAAAGAACGCUAUGGGUUGCACCAUAAAUGAUGUUCUGGUGGGAGUCACGUCGGCCGCUUUGACUCGUUACCUCAGCAGGGGCAAUGAAGGCCUUCUUCCCAAAAACAUACGGAUUCGAACAUCCCUGCUUGUUAAUAUUCGGCCCACCACUGGAAUUCAGUCUUUGGCGGAAAUGAUGAAAAAGGGCAGUGCGGCCAGGUGGGGUAAUCAGAUGGGUUACAUUUUGCUCCGUUUUCCUGUAAUGAAGUGUGACGACCCUUUGGAUUAUAUCCGAAAGGGAACAGCAGCUGUAGAGAAGAAAAAGAAAUCAUGGGAGGCCAUAUUCACUCAUCUUUCUGCUUUGUUGAUUGUUAAGACUCUGGGCAUUAAGGUGGGAACAGAUUUGUGCCACAGAGUCGUCUCUAAUACAUCAUUAUCAUUCUCAAAUCUUGUUGGACCAACGGAGGAGGUCGGUUUUUGUGGUGUUCCCUUGGUUUACAUUGCUCCUUCUGUUUAUGGACAUCCACAGGCGCUGACGGUUCACUUUCAAAGUUAUAUAAAUAAGAUGAAGGCGGUGCUGUCGGUCGACGAGCUCGUGAUUCCAAAUCCGCACGAGCUUCUCGACGACAUAUCAUACUCUCUCCAACUCAUCAGGAACGCAGUUAUGAGACAUUGAUAAUCCAUUUCAUCAUUUCUAAAUGUUCAAGAUUGUAGUCCAUUUGUUACAUCAUUAAAUCCCAAAUUUUUUUUACACAUGUUGAUUAUUAGCUGUACAAAUCAACUAUUCUCAAUGACUUGCUUUAAUUGCAUGUGACAUUGAUUGUGAUUUUUAA